GGAAAUGCUUGUAUUUGCAGCUUGAUAGGUACACACGCACACACACACACAUCUACACGCAACCAAAGAUCUAUUGAAUUGAAAAGCAUGGAGAUAGCGUCCAAUUUCUGCCUCCUACACGCAAAGCUGUCCAAAUUGGGCUUCAGCGAUUGGGCCUCUGUUAACGAAGGCGACGUCAUGACUGGCAGCCCGCACACGUUCGCCGUCUUUCUGCGCUUCCUGUACCGGCGCUUUCCUGCCGCGACGGCAACGCUGUUGCGCCGCUACGACUGGUUUCUCGUGGAAGCUGACGAUGCGAAGGUGGGGGCUUCCACGUUGCGCCUGCUGUCCACUGCCGCUCACGAAACCAAUUUGAUUUCCGCUGCCCAGUUUGGUCAGUGCAAGUACGCCAUGAUAAAGAUCAACAUGUGCCACAGCCUGCUGCGGCUCCUCCGCUCGCUUCGUGCCACGUCAUCAGCUCCUGUUGCUACGGGUUGUUUGACAUACCAAGGGCUGAAGGCUGCUGCGACACGCGAGGAGAUCGCGCCUUACUGCUCUCCAAGUCGGACCCCUAACGGUCGCCUUAGAAUCAAUGAGCGGAGAAGCGAGCUCAAUUCUGUUUCUCGAUCAUGA